AUGACGUUUGACACCCGAGUGACCAAUUGAGAGCCUGUCGUCAAGAGCUUCAAACAUGAUAGACACGGCCGAAGCUAGAGUAUCGAAUUAUGGUGUUCUAUUUUGAAAAUGAACAAUUUUACGCGUAUAGAUUGUGUUGCAUACGAAUGGUUUACUUAGGCCUAUUUGAAUUGGCGAAUACGGGGUUUAGAAUAAUGUGAAGUUAGUAGCGUUACAAGCUUACUGCACUUCACGAGAAGUUUUUCCUCUACGAGCCUCCUCUGCAGGUUGUCAAGAUCUGCUACCUUUAUUCCACUAUGGAAGAGGAUAACCCUGCGGCCCUGGUUGACAUCUGUCUAGCCUGGGUCUGUCACAGCAUGGAGCAGCUCUGUGUGAAACGUGAGGAUGGAUCGCUUCGUUUCCACCACUGCCCCGUCUUUCCCCAGCUGCUAGCAGACCAGCUGCUCAGCAAGAUGGCAGAGGAAGGUGUGUUAAAUGAUAGCACCAUCGGAGUUUUCCGCAGCCAUGAGCACCUGCGCCUCCGCCGUGUGUGCCUGCGAGCGUCGCACCUCUCCGCCGAGGCCUUCUGCCUCGCCACGCAGCCCCACAGACUGCAGGAGUUGGAUGCUUCCAGAGUUCACGGCGGCUUGACUGUAUCAGAUGUGCUGCUCAGCCUCGCAGCCAACACUGAGUCUUCAGACAACCUGCAACGGCUCAACCUGAGCAGACUGGAAAUGGGAGAGGGGUUCCUCGAGAACGAGCGUCUCAGCUUCAGCUCGAUGCCGGGCCUGAGGACAGUGCUUCUGGCCGGCACGGAGCUGGACGACUCGGGGCUGCAGGACCUCUGUACCCUUCCUCGACUGGAGGCUCUGGACAUCUCUAGCACUUGCGUCACUGACCUCACGUCACUGCUGGACUGUCAGGCCACCCUGAUGUCCCUUUCGGCCCACGGCCUCAGACACCUGGAGAUGCCUGCUGCGCGCCUCCUGCUCGUGCUGGGCCGGCUCGAACGGCUCCGGCACCUGGACCUGUCCGACGACAGACUGACCAGCGACGGGGACAGCGUGGUGGAGCAGCUGUUGGAGAAGCCCGGCAUCCUCCCGGCGCUGCUGUCGCUCGACAUGUCAGGCCGGAGGGGCAUCACAGACAAUGCGGUCCAGGCGUUUCUGGAAGCAAGGCCAAACAUGACCUUCAUUGGACUGCUAGCCACUGGAGCAGGCUUUAGUGACUUUUUCACUGUUAAGAGCAACCUGAAGGUUGCUGGAGAGGCCAACAUCCACCAGAUCAGUGAGGCCCUGAAGAGGUACUGUGAGAGGGAGUGCUUCAUACGAGAGGCUCUAGUUCACCUCUACAGCCUGACCAAUGACACGGACGAACCUCAGUCAGAUGUCUUGAAGCUUGUAAUUAUGGGAAUGAAAAGCCAUGAGCAGUCAUUGCAUGUCCAGCUGGUGGCCACAGCCUGCAUAUUCAAUCUCACAACUCAAGAUAAGGUCCUGGGCAUGCCACUUUGCCUUCUGAGAACCACAGUCCAUCAGCUUCUGAUCGCCAUGAGGCAUUUUCCAAACCAUGAACAGUUACAGAAGAACUGCUUGCUUUCACUCUGCAAUGACCGAAUUCUACAAGAUGUCCCAUUUGACAGAUUUGAUGCAGCUAAGCUGGUUAUGAGCUGGCUGAGCAGCCGUGAAGACCACACCCUUCAGAGAAUGGCUGUAGCAAUUGUCUCCAUACUGGUGUCUAAGCUUACCACUGAGGAGACUACACGACUCGGUGCUGAGGCCUUUAUCAUGGAGCAACUCCUCAGCAUUGUCCAGCAGAAGGCUUCAGCUGGGGUGGUGGACUCCACCUUGAAGUUCGCUCUGAGCGCUCUGUGGAACCUCACAGAUGAGAGCCCAGCUGCCUGCCGCCACUUCCUCCAAUGCCAGGGCCUGGAGCUGUAUACAGAGGUGCUUGAGUCCUACUACACAGAGUCCUGUAUCCAGCAGAAAGUCAUGGGUUUGUUGAAUAACAUUGCAGAGGUGGUGGAGCUGAGGGCUGACCUGAUGGAUGAAGACCUCCUGGAGCACGUGCUCACUCUGCUGGGGGGUGCUGACGUGGAGGUUGGGGUCAGUUACUUUGCAGGUGGGAUAUUGGCCAACUUGACCUCCACAGGAGUAUCAGCCUGGACCCUGGACUUGGAGCUUCGUGACACCAUCCUGUCCAAGCUGCAUUCUGCCAUCCUGACAUGGACCCCACCCCAACAUGAAAUGGUAUCCUAUAGAUCAUUCCAGCCAUUCUACCCUCUGCUCAACAGCUCCCAGCCCACUGGAGUACAGCUGUGGGCAGCCUGGGCAGUGCACCUGGUCUGUAGACAAAAUGCCUCCCAGUAUGCCAGUAUGCUCCAGGAGGAGGGGGGCCUGGACAUUUUAAAGAGCCUCAUUUUGCACCCCGACACUCAUGACGAUGUCCGCAAGCUAGCAGAGAGCAUUGUGGGUAUCUCAGAACAAGCUGAGCAAGCCCGCCGAGAAAGAGAGGGCUGAUCUUUAGCAUGCUGUCUACGGAGUGUCGGAACAGUGUUUAAAUACAUCAGAGUGGAGAGCUUCCUCUGCCUGUCCUGGACACUGUCAGCCUUGUGACCAGCUCCCGCGUGAGAUAGCUUACAUUUCAUGUCGGACAGUUGCUGAUAGCUCUUGAACCAACGAAACAGAUGGUAUUGUAAAAAUGGACGUCAACUUUAAGUGGUUGUCCCCAAAAUGCGGUGCAGCAUACAGUAUACAGACAGAUGCCCUGAUGUCAGUAGACAUCAAGGUGUGGCUGUAGACUCUACAUUGAAAAGUGAACUUUUUUAUACGUUCUGCCAUUUUGGCAAAAGGUUGUCGAUAUUUGAGCCCUAAAGCCAAUCAAAUUAUAGCCCUUUCUCCAGUGGGACCCUAAGGAGACCCUUUGGAAAAAUAAGGUGAAUUAAGAAUAGAUUGAGAGUAAUUUGAGAUCUCCACUUGAACUUAAAUUGGACUUGGGCUGACAAGAGGAGGGCUAUUAGAAAAAACAGGUGAGAUCUCAAAAAGAGUUGAUUUAUUUCUCUAUCUACCACCCCGCACAUUGUGGCGCCAAGCAACGGAAGUCUUGUUCAUUUCACGGGGGCUGCCAUGGCCUACUGGUUAGGGGUUUGGGCUUGCAACCGAAGGGUUGCCGGUUCGAUCCUUGACCCAGUAAGAAAAACGUAGGUGGGGGUAUACGCAAGUAUACUUGGCCUAUAAACCUAAUUUACAUUUCUCACACCCAACACAGUGAUGAUUUUUACGCUAAGCACUCAAGUUCGCAACUUGUCAAUGAAAGAUAGGUGUGGUCAGGCACAUGAUCAAAAAAAUCACUGUUUUCACGCCACUAAAAAUGAUAACGCCACUGUCCAAGAAAAACCUGGUCUAAAGUGAAAGCUGCAUGUAAUGCACAGCUAUUUUGAGGGUGCCCUGCCCCUGUCACGAAAUGUAAGUUAGACAUUAGCAACGAGUCCUAGGCAAUGACUGUCUGUUUGGAUGAAUGCCCUUACAAUUGUUAUUCAGUCAUUUGAAUACUAUUGGGGUAAGUGUUGCUUUUUUCAGGCUAUGUUUUCGAUUGUAACCACUUGUCAAUAGUGAAAGUAAAUAACUGAGUGUAAGACUUUGUUUUGUCAUUGCCUAUGAAUUCAAAUAAUAGGCGAGUGCAGAUGUAUGUAGGCUAUACUCUGCUUGUCACACACACGUUUUAGUAAAGUAAGAUUUAGUGGAAUCCUGGUAUUGCAUACAUGGUCUCACAUGCAAGCAGAUUCCUUUGGCACUGAAUAAAUAAAAAACAUGGUCUCUGUGGACAGCCCAGGCUCCAAAAACGGCAGCAAAAACAAGCUGGUCCAUAAAAGCAUAACAAACUGUUCCAGCAAAUCAUUGACAAGAUGCGUGUUUAGGAGAGUUUCCAUUACACUGGAGGGAGGGGGAGGGAGUAGCGGGCUAGCUCUCUGUUUUGUUUGACAGAAGUGACGUUAUCCAACAUUGCUUAGAGCACCUUUAACUACCAUCAACAUAAUGUUAAAAGGUUUAAAAUGUUCUCCACCCAGUUUUAAAUCCAAUUUUCCCCUUUCUACACACAAUUAUAUAUCAUUGUGAAAUGUGAAUGUAUGCUGAAAUAGUUGUCCAUUUGAUAGAAGGUUAAUAGCUGUGAAAUAGCAUAAGAAAAUAUAGCAGGCACUGUGUUAUCAUUUUAGUCACUAUCAGACAAGUCCCAUGUUAAAGGAACACCAGGCAACGUUUUCGUGUUAAUUACUCAUCUUAUAAGUCGAUAAGGCGAUUGUUGCAAACGUGUGUAUAAUGGCAGAGCCGGCGAAGAAGCAGCGAAAACCCUUGACGGAAGAUGCAAAGAAAAGGAAAAGAGCUUCAGACCGAGCGAGGGGGAGUUUCAUAGAGAAAAAGCAUCAGGCUUGCCUGGGGUCCCUUAAAAAGUUUAAGACCAUUAUCACUUUGCAUUCGUAAUGUUGGAUGUUUAUAUAAUGUAUUAGUUCAUUGUGUAAAACUAAAUUAUUUCUUGACCCUCUGAACUGGUAAUUAAACUGUCAUAACAGUUGUAUGUAGCAAUAAAAAGUAUCAUAUCUA